UCCCCCUCGAGCCCUUCGCAUCAUGCAGAGAGUCGUAGUGGUCACUGGCGCCAGCAGGGUCUCUGGACAUCUCUAAAAAAGGAAGUAUUGAACCAGGAUUGAAUAUGAUUUUCUACAGUGAUUACUACAGAAUUCCAAAAGAGUUGGUGACUGCCAUCCAUCAUGAAGAAAAUCUGUGGUCUUUAACGCUCUGGAUCUUCAGGACUCCACUUUUCAUGUUGCCGUAGUAUCAAAGCAUGGUCAAUGCCUGAAGUUCCUAUCUGGAAGGAUGGCGUAACAGUAUAAACUGCUCCCAUGAUGUGACCUUGAUUCUGGUCGGAAUUGGAUUUGCCCUCUGUGAGCGUCUUCUUCAGGAAGAUGCCAGCCUCCAUCUGUGUCUCGCCUGCAGGAAUAUGGAGAAGACCAACGCCACCCGUAAGAAAUUGUUGUCCUACUUUCCCCACGCAGACAUCAGCAUCGUACAAGUAGAUGUUGGCAAUGUGGAAUCGGUCCUAAAUGCAGCCAAAGAGAUCAAGAAGAGGUUUCAGCAUAUUGAUUAUCUCUACUUGAACGCUGGAAUUAUGGUAAAUCCACGUGUCAGCUUCUCGGCUUUUGUGCGUGGCCUCUUCUCCAGGAGAGCCGUCCGGAUGCUGACCACAGCAGAGGGCCUGAUGAGCCAAGAGGACCGUGUCACUCCAGAUGGCCUGCAGGAAGUCUUUGAAACCAACAUUUUUGGGCAUUUCAUAAUGAUCCGGCAGCUGGAAUCUUUGCUUUGCUGUCUUGAAAAGCCCAGCCAGCUGAUUUGGACUUCCUCUAUCAAUGCCCGCAGGUCUAACUUCAGCCUUGACGACUACCAGCACAGCCAAGGCAAAGAAGCCUACAGCUCCUCGAAAUAUGCCACUGACCUUGCGAGUGUGGCUCUGAACAGCCAUUUCAACAAGCAGGGCAUGUAUUCCAGUGUUGUGUGUCCAGGUGUUGUGAUGACCAACAUGACAUAUGAAAUCCUCCCUUCUUUCUUAUGGAAGUUACUUUUACCCAUCAUGUGGCUGGUCCGUCUUUUCACCCAUACUUAUACACUGUCACCCUUCAACGGAGCAGAAGCACAGGUUUGGCUAUUCAAGCAUAAGCCAGAGAUGCUGGACCCACUGGCCAAGUAUCACAGCUGUACCUCAUUCUUUGGGAAGAACUUUGUUGACGUCCGCAAGAUGGAUAUCGAUGAAGACUUGGCGGAGGAGUUUUACAAGAAUCUGCUGGAACUAGAGAAGGAAGUUUUGGCAAGAUGUGGCCGCCCAGGGCUUAAGCAAUAACUAAUCGAUGCCUCUUGUUGCCUAGCUUCUUGGCAGUGGGACUUUUAUUUUCUUGUUUGCAAAGCAAACCUCACUGAAGAGAUGAUGUCAGAUUUUUCUAGGGCUGAUGAGAGGAACCAAAAAGCCUUAAGUAUGUGUUGCUUCGUACUGCCCCCCAACCCACCCCCAAGUCUGGAACUUCCUGUCUUUCUAAUAAACUGUUAGCCACACAGAACCAUUAGAAAAAAUUGCAUCUGGCUUGCACUCCAUCCUGCUCUAUGGCUGGCAGUUUGCUGCAGCUCAGGAAAUACCCAUCUCAGGAAGAAGGUAGGAAGGCUAUCAAGCAUCUCAGAGUGGGUCCAGACCUUUUGGUUUGCAUACCUGCUUCAGGAGGCUGCUGAUGUCUGUACUGCUCCCUCGUUCAGAAACUCUGA